UGGGUGGGGGGAGGGGAGGCCGGCUGUGGGGCUCCGCCCUGGCCAACGCCUUUAAGAGUCACGUGGUCUCCUGCCUGCCCCGCCCCAUACACCUGUUUACGGGCGGGGCGGGGCGAGCAGAACAGGGACGUGGCCACGUGACUUCCCGUCCGUGACGCCGCGCAUGCGCGCCACCAAGUCACGCACUCAAAAUGGCGGCGGCAAUGGAUGUUGAUACCCCGAGCGGCACUAACAGCAGCGCCGGCAAGAAACGCUUCGAAGUGAAGAAGUGGAAUGCUGUAGCUCUCUGGGCCUGGGACAUUGUGGUUGAUAACUGUGCCAUUUGCAGGAACCAUAUCAUGGAUCUAUCAUGCUUUCCAUUUUCACUGCAUCUCUCGCUGGCUCAAGACUCGCCAGGUGUGUCCAUUAGACAACAGAGAAUGGGAGUUCCAAAAGUAUGGGCACUAGAGAGAGAGUGACCAAGCACAUUGUUCUGUCAUUAGCAUGAUUAAUUCACUUCAUGAAGGUGUCUGUUUUAGAUGUUGUUGGCAGCAGUUAUGUCUUUGUUUUGAUCUUAAUGUAACCAUAUUGUGUACUGUCAAAUAAAAUCUUGUUGUAACCUC